UACUAUAUACAAACAGUGCAUCAAUACCAGGAACAUUGACCUUGGUCAGUAUCAAAUGGAUCAUGCAGCCAGUCACGAGUUCUGACAAAAUUUCAAGGUCUUUCGUUUAUAAUUCAAAGGAAACAGGAAGUUCAUCGAUUAGUUUGUUUGUCACGGCGAAGAUGGCAGAACUAGAGUUGUCAGGUUUUGAUAAAAAGUCCCAAGUAUGGCUGCAGCCUUUUUCAGAGAUCAUCAAUUGCAUGUUUCCAAUGGAGUACGUCUAUGGAGAAUGGAUUUGGUGGCAAGCAACGAGCGAAGCAAAAAGUAUCGAUCCAGAAUCUCUUUGUUCUAAGGCCCCCUCGCUGAUCGAUACUGGUAGUCAGGUUGAAGGGUUCUGCAUCCCCAUUUUUUUUGUUGGAAAAACCGAGGAAACGUUUAUAGAUAAUCCUUCGCAAAAGAGAGAUCACUGGCAGCCUGACCUCGAUGGAAUGCACUUGAAUGACUGUUUUGUCGUAAAUAAAGAGACCGACAAAGCAAUUCCCAUUUUCACGGUGGAACACGCGUCAGAUGAUCCAAGAUAUGUCCAUUUGAGGUUUACUGAUGAGUGGAAAGAGCAUCAACCCAGCUACAAGAAUGCUACUUUCGUAAACCAUACCUAUUCGUUGCCAGGAAAAAACUAUGAUGAUAAAAAAUUAAGCAAACUCAAUGAAGGCCGCGAGUCGGAUGAGCUAUUUACGUAUGAAAUGCACGGACCUGUAUGGAAACUGGAAGGAAAAGGUCUUUUGAGCUACGAAGAAGAUUCGACGGGUGUCUUCAAGUAUCCGUUGGCGUGGCCUGAACCAGCAAUGGAGUGGCUUGUUCGUUCACGUACCAACGGUUGGCCAUCACUUGAGCUUCUGAAAGACAUUCUCGAGUCUGGAUGCCACUUGGCGCCAGUUGGAAGAGGCAAACGUCAAAAUGAGCCUAUGGAAUUUCUAGAAUAUCGCAAAAACCCAGAGAAGCCUUCUUCUUCUUCAUGCAGGGAAACUGACCCAGAGAAUCCCAACGAUCGUGACAUCAUGGAUGAAGGAUCGGCUUCAGAAGAGCUUGGAAGAAGGACACCUUCCUCAUUACAUCAUCCCACAAAGCAACCUUCUGCAAAACGAGGAUCCUGCCAAACUGGCCGAAGGAGCAGCUAUGAUUCAUGAUGUAAGAAGAAGCAUCUUGACCAAAACAAUCAGUUUGCUGAAGAGAUGUCAUUCUAUGACGUACCAGUCUCAAAUCUAUAUCAACAACUUACAGGGCUUGGAUCUUCUAGUGGCCAAAACACGAGACAAAUCCUUGGCAGAACAAGAUGUGACAGCACUAACCAUUUCGGUGAUUGCCCUGUUUAUCAAACAGGCCAAAGAAGAAGUCAAAAGCAUGUUGAGAAAUGUUGUAUUCGGUGACGAUGAGAAUAUCAAAACGUUAAUGCACAUUCCUCUUUACGCCUAUGAGUCCGUGUUAGCAAGAAGCCUGUGUAAGAUAUGGUACCUCAAGCCCGACAAAUCAAGCCAGGAAAAAUCGAACGAGGAAGAAUUUAAAUCCUUUGUUAGGCAAGAGACUACAGAACUAUCCACUGGCGACGAAUUCAUAGCUUUGGCACUGGCAUUUUAUGCUGAAGUACGAGCAGGAAGGGACAUGUCGUUCUUGGUCCCACAAACGAGUGUCAUGGAACGUACCAAGGAAAUUCAUCGCGAAGAAGCACGCAACCAGUUCCUAGAAGCUCAGGCUCCAGUUAUGGAAAUACUCGGAUUGCUCUGCCAAAGUGAUCUGAAAACCAUACAAAAGAAAGUGUCCGAAGAUCUGGACGGCCAGCUGGAAAGCCUAACAAGGGAUAGAAUAGAAAUGGAAGUGACAAAAGAGAUCCAAAAGUUGUUUCUGGAACGGUGUUCUUCCUCGCAGAAAGAAAAUGCUGACGAUAAUUAACUACCCAGUUAAAAAAUUGGCAAGUUUCUAUAAAUAUAUAUAAAUAAUAAUAAUAAAUAAAUAAAUAAAUAAACUUGAAAAAAUAAAACAAAAAGUUAAAAACAUUUUUGCUCGAAAUUUGAAGUUUGAACUGAAUAUUUGGUAGUUUUUUCAUAAUAGAAAACUUAACAGAAAACUGCAGAUGUUUUUUGUAAAUAUGUCAGUAAAAUAAAGUACUAUAAGGAUCAGUAAUGCCAUAAGAUUACGAAGAUAGAGAUUGUAAAUGCUUUUACAACUUUGAAUUAAAAUUCCAUGGAAAACUAAAUUAA